AUGCAAACGGUAGGGUUCGAAAACGCAACAAGAUACAGAGGACAGUCGUCGGCGAGGGCGAGUGAGGAAGGUCAUCAAGAGAAUGUGGAGAUCACGAUCGACAUCAAGGAAGAUUCCAUCUCCGUGUACAACUCGAAGCCAUCAAAAGACGAGGAUCCAGGGAAAUCACGUCUUGGACAAAGCCGUUCGAUGAAGAAGAUCUCGGUGCUGAAACACCUAGAGUCAGUUUCUAACGAACUGAGACGACUUACUUCUUCAGUUCCGUUGACAUCGGAGACAAAACCACCGCGUAGAGCAGAGCUAGCGCUCAAGGGUCUCAAGUUCAUUACCAAGGCUGAUGGUGUCGCUGGUUGGCCUGGUGUUGAGAAAGAGUUCGCUAGGUUAACCGAGAAGACCGGUGGUUUAUUUCCCCGUUCCAACUUCGGUGAAUGUAUAGGGAUCAAGGCAAAGGGGUUUGCAGAGGCACUGUUCGACGCCUUAGCAAAGAGGCGAACCAUAACUGGAGAAGUAAUUAGCCAGGAUCAGUUGCAAGAAUUCUGGGAGCAGAUCAAUGAUCAGGACUUUGAUUCCAGGCUACGACUUUUCUUCGACAUGGCCGAUACAGAUGCGGAUGGGAGGUUGACUGAAAACGAAGUACAAAAGAUUAUAACUCUAAGUGCUUCUGCCAACAACCUGGAUAAGAUUACGGAUCAAGCAGCAGAAUAUGCUGCUUUGAUUAUGGAAGAACUAGAUCCAGAUGAUUGUGGGUACAUCAUGAUAGAGGCGCUCGAGGUACUGCUGUUGCAAGGGCCAGCUGAGGCUAUCAGAGAUGUCAAGAGUAAGGAACUGAGCAUGUUGAUAAGUCAGCAGCUUGAAGUAUCACAGAGUAGAAAUCUCGGGAAGCGUUUGUACAGUGGGGUUAAGUAUUUUGUGUUGGAUAACUGGAAGAGACUCUGGGUGAUGGCUCUAUGGAUAGCAGUUAUGGCCGGGCUGUUCACAUGGAAGUUUAUGGAGUAUCGAAAAAUACCGGCUGACCAAGUUAUGGGAGCUUGUGUUUGUAUAGCUAAAGGAGCUGGAGAGACCCUUAAACUGAAUAUGGCUAUUGUUUUGUUACCAGUUUGUAGGAACACCAUCACUUUGCUCCGGACCAAAACCAAGUUAAGUGUUGUUGUUCCUUUCGAUGACAACCUCAACUUCCACAAGGUCAUAGCAAUAGCAAUCUCAAUUGGGGUUGGAAUCCAUGCCACAGCUCAUUUAGCAUGUGAUUUCCCUCGGCUGAUAGCUGCAGAUGAAGAGACAUAUAAGCCAAUGGAGCAGUAUUUUGGUGUACAGCCAAAGAGUUAUGCAGAGUUUUUGAAGUCAGUGGAAGUAGUAACCGGGACCGUCAUGGUUAUAUUAAUGACCAUAAGCUUCACAUUGGCUACAUCAUGGCUUAGACGAAAUAACUCUGAGACUCUCCCUAAACCAUUGAAGAAAAUAAUUGGCUUCAACGCCUUCUGUUACACUCACCAUUUGUUUGUUAUCGUCUACACACUCCUAGUCAUUCACGGAUACUAUGUCUACCUCAUCAAGAUAUGGUACAAGAAGACGACAUGGAUGUACUUGAUGGUACCAGUGGUUAUUUACUUGUCUGAAAGGCUGGUUGGUCUGUUACCAGGGAAACUCUUAUCGCUUCAUAUGUCAAGACCAGACAACUUCAGAUACAAAAGCGGACAAUACAUGUAUCUCAAAUGUUCUGAAGUGUCUUCAUUAGAAUGGCAUCCAUUCUCAAUUACAUCGGCUCCAGGAGAUGACUACCUUAGUGUUCACAUCAGGGGUCUAGGAGACUGGACUAACAAGUUAAGAUCAAAAUUCUCGGAGGUAUUUAUCUCCAUUUAUUCCCUUUAUAUAAAACGCUAG